AUGGGCCAGGCACUGUGCAGGGCAAUGGGGGCACUCUUGGACCAGACAGAUAAGAUCCAGCCCCCAUGGUAUGACAAUGAGCUUAACAAGCUCUCAGAGGCUGAGAAUGACUUCAUGGUUCUGAAGAAGGAUGUGGAUACAUCCUACAUGACAAAAGUGGACUUGGAAAUAAAAAUGGAGAGUCUGACCAGUGAAGUCAACUUUCUGAGAGCCCUCUUUAAAACUGAGUACAACCAGGUUCUGUUGGAAUCCAGUGAUAUGUCCAUCAUCCUGUCCAUGGACAACAACUGGCAUCUGGACCUGGACAGCAUCAUCACCGAGGUCAAGGCCCAGUAUGAGGGGAUCUCCCAGAGGAACAAGGCAGAAGCUGAGGGGCUAUACCAGGUUAAGCUUGGGGAGCUGCAGACUACAGCUAGCAGGUAUGGUAAUGACUUGAGGGGCACCAAGAAUGAGAUUGCAGAGCUCAACAGGAUGGUCCAGAGGCUGCGGGCCAAGAAGAGCGUCAAGAAGCAGAAUACUAACCUGCAGGCAACAAUUGCUGACACUGAACAACAGGGUGAAUGGACCCUCAAAGAUGCUCAGGCCAAGUUGGCAGAGCUCAAGAAGGCCCUGCAGCAGGCCCAGGAGAACUUGGCCUAUCUCCUGUGUGACUACCAGGAGCUGAUGAACAUCAAGUUGGCAUUGAAUGUGGAGAUUGCCACCUACAAGAAGAUGCUGGAUGGUGAGGAGUGCAGGAUGUCUGGGGAGUGUCAGAGCCCAGUGUGCAUCCUUGUGGUCAGCCACAUGCCCAGCAGCAAGAACAUUAGCACUGGGGGCAGCAGCAGCAGCAGCAAUGGCAUCUGGGGCAACAGAGGUGACCAGGGCAUCCGAGGGGACAGUGAGUCCACCAGCAUGGGGAAGGGCAUCCAGUCCAGAAGCACAAGCACCUCCACAGAUCAUAGUCCCAGACUGGGCAGCUCCUCCUCCUCCUCAGCUAGGAUUGUGCAGACUGCCACCAGCAAUGACAGGCGCUCCUGCAUCAGAUACUGA